AUGGGCUCCCAGAGCCCCGAGCAGUUUGACCCAUCUGUGAUGAUGAUGACCGAAGAGGAGCACCUGCAGCAGCAGGACAUCGGUUGCCUGAUCAACUCUGAUGGAGAAGAAGUGGAUUUGUCUGACAUCCGAGAGACCACCGAAACUCCCUCCACCGCAUUGGGUCAAAGAGAAAAUGAAAAGCCUGCCUCGUUCCACACCUGUUCCGUCUGCGGCAAAGACUUCCCUUACGCCUCCAAACUCCAGCGCCAUCUGCGCACGCACUCGGGAGAGCGUCCUUUCCCAUGUUCCAUGUGCGAGAAGAGAUUCCCCGAAAAGGGGCUGCUGAUGAUCCACGAGAGAGUUCACACGGGGGAAAAGCCCUUCCCUUGCACUUUCUGCGAGAAACGCUUCGCCAGUCAAGGCGAGCUCCGACUUCAUCGCAGGACGCACACGGGCGAGCGGCCGUACCGCUGCACUAUCUGCCUGAAGAGCUUCUCUCGCCACUGGCACCUCAAGACGCACCUGGACGCCAUGCAUUCUGAGGUAGUGGCCGGUUUUACGAGAAAGAAGUUCCCGUGCUCGGACUGCGAGAAGAGCUGCAACUCCGCCGCCGAGCUGCGGGAUCACCAGAGGACUCACACGGGCGAGCGGCCCUAUCAGUGCUCCUUCUGCGAUAAGAGGUUCGCUUUGUCGGGCACAUUGGUGCGGCACGAGCGCCUACACACUGGGAUUACACCUUACCACUGCGCCGACUGCGGCAAGACAUUUGCGCAGCAGUGGACGCUCACCACACACAUGCGGACGCACACCGGCGAGAAGCCGUACAGCUGCACGCAGUGCGACAAGUCGUUCGUGGCACCCGGGGAGCUCCGCAGGCAUACCCGCAUCCACACGGGGGAGAAGCCGUACUCGUGCGCCGACUGCGGGAGGCAAUUCUCCUUGGCGGGGACUUUGAGGAACCACAGGAAGUCGUGCACGCAGAGCAAGAACGGAGCCAACGCAGGCGAAAGCGGAGCUGGGGCGUCACCGGAGAGAGAACAGGAGGGCGAUAAUAUCAGCACUGAGAUAUCUGACAUUCCAGCUGCACCAAGCAUUAAAGCCUCAUCCACUUCCUCCUCUUCUCCUUCCUCUCCCUUGGAGGACGGCAACUGUGCACAAGCAGCUGAGUCCGACAAUAACCCAAACGAGCACGAGGAUGAAGUUUCUAGUCCGCACGUGAGCGUCGUCAUCAAAGAGGAAGAAGAGGAAAAACCUUUGUGCGAAGAUGCGUUAGCUGCAGAAUGUCCUGCUGAGGACAAAAGUGGACCUCCAGUGAAGGAAGAAGAGAAAGACAAUGAUGUUAUCAGAGCAUGUCCAGGAGAUGGCGGCGUCACAUCAGAAUGUGACAAAAUGAGCCCGCUGACAUCCCCGGCGAAGGAUCAACGUAACAACAGCAAGACUGCGAGCUCGUACUGUUGCGGCUUGUGCGGGAGAGACUGCCACAAGAUGUCGGCCCUGCAAAUCCACAUGCGGAUCCACUCGGGAGAGAAACCCUACCAAUGCACCCUGUGCGGGAAGCAGUUCACCCAGAAAGGGCAGCUCAAAGGCCACCAGAAGGUCCACACGGGGGAGAAACCCUUCGCGUGCCCGGAGUGCGGCAAGUGCUUCGCCCACUCGGGCGCCAUGAACCGACACCGACUGACGCACACGGGGGAGAAGCCCUAUCACUGCUCUCUGUGCGAGCGCAGCUUCAACCAGUCGGGACGCUUGCGGGAGCACGAGAAAACCCAUUUUGGGGACAAACUCAACUGCCCCGAGUGUGACAAAACCUUCACGCGCUCCUCCAGCCUCAAGAACCACUUAAGGCUGCACACGGGCGAGAGGCCGUACAGCUGCGACGUGUGCGGCCGCGGCUUCAGCCGCUCGCAGAGCCUCAGGUUGCACAAGCGCAAGCACGAGCUACUGCGGGGGGAAGAGGAGUCCGGCUUCAGUUUCAGUGCACUUUGUCCUGUUUGCUCUCUCAGACACUCACGCGGCGAAAUCAUGGUGUCUUAUAAGCUGAUACACCCAGAAGAUGUGCACCUAACUGAAGGAAAUCGCCUUGACGAUGACGAGGACGAGCUGAUGUCACAGUCAGAAGGAGCCUCUUUGCUUCCCCGUCGUCUGCCGUGCUCGGUCACGACGGCUCUCUUGGUGAUCGGCUGCCUGCUACUUCUCCUCUGUGGAGGUUGGUUGGUGGGCACCAUGUUCUGGCUUCACCGCCCUUCCAACUUGCUGCCGCAUAAACACCCGCCACCAGCCAGCACAAAAGCCAACACCUCCGAGGCUUCCUCUCUCUUCCGCGAGAUUUGCGCUCUAACCCCGGAGACGUGGCGGUUCGACUGUUACCCUGAGAGAGGAGCGGUGGUGACCAGAGAGAUGUGCGAAGCGAGGAACUGUUGUUUCAUCGCCUCCGAAACGCCCCCCUCGGGACAUAAUGGUAUCCCUUGGUGUUUCUAUCCUCCGGAUUUCCCCUCCUACUCGGUGAAGUCGGUGAACGACACCAGCUUGGGGCAAAAAGCAACGCUUGUCAAAGAUGUAAAGACUUACUACCCUGCUGACAUCAUGACUCUGGAGUUGGACGUCCGCUACGAGACGGACACACGGCUACGUGUCAGGAUCACAGACCCUUCAAGUUCUCGCUACGAGGUUCCCAUCUCCAUUCCCACCGUCUCCAAGAAAGCAGAACAUCCCGACUACACCGUGGAGCUUUCUAGGGAUCGGUUUGGUCUUAUCGUGAGGAGGAUCUCAACCGGAGCUGUGCUCCUAAACACCACCGUGGCUCCUCUCUUGUACGCCGAUCAGUUCCUGCAGUUUUCCACCUCUUUGCCUACCGAAUUUAUCUACGGCCUGGGGGAGCACCGCUCUAACUUCCUGCAUGACGUCCAGUGGAACACUCUUACCAUGUGGGCGAGAGAUGUGCCUCCCAUGGAAAAAACAAACCUAUAUGGAGUUCAUCCCUUUUACCUUGCAAUGGAGAAGGAGAAGAAUGCACAUGGAUUCUUUCUUCUUAACAGCAAUGCAAUGGAUGUUGUACUGCAACCUGCCCCAGCCCUCACUUGGCGCACAAUCGGCGGAAUCCUCGACUUUUAUGUCUUCCUUGGUCCCGAGCCUGGAACUGUGAUUGAACAAUAUCUGGACGUCAUAGGUCGUCCAGCGAUGCCGAUCUACUGGGCUUUAGGUUACCACUUAUGUCGCUGGGGUUUUAACUCGAGCAACUCCACUUGGGAGGUGGUCAAGCGCAUGAGAAAUAAUGGGAUACCUCAGGAUGUUCAGUGGAAUGAUAUCGACUACAUGGACCGAGUUCUUGACUUCACUUAUGACCAAACUAACUUUGCCACAUUGCCCGCCAUGGUGAAGGACUUGCACGCUCACGACCAACGCUACGUGAUGGUCAUCGAUGCCGGCAUCAGCAGCGUCCAGACUGAAGGAACCUAUUGGCCGUAUGAUGAAGGACUCAAAAGAGGCGUUUUUAUCAAAGACACGGAAGGAAAAACACUGAUCGGCAAGGUAUGGCCAGGGCUGACAGCAUAUCCCGAUUUUUCUGAUAACGUCACUCAUGAGUGGUGGUUUGAGAAUCUGAAAAGGUUCCAUGAUCAGGUGGAAUUUGAUGGAUUGUGGAUUGACAUGAACGAACCAUCAAAUUUCGUAGAUGGGUCGACUAAUGGCUGCCCCUCAAACAAUUUGGAUAAUCCACCAUAUACACCAGGAGUGUUGGGAGGUUUGCUGCGAGCCAAAACGGUGUGCGCGUCAGCACCGCAGAAGCAAUCGACACAUUACAACCUUCACAGCUUAUAUGGACUCAUGGAAGGGGAAGCUUCUGCAAACGCCCUGAGGAGGAUCUUGGGAAAAAGACCUUUUGUGAUCUCUCGCUCCACCUUCCCGAGUCAGGGAAUGUACACUGGCCAUUGGCUGGGAGACAACAGAAGCCAGUGGCAGGACCUUUACACUUCGAUAGCAGGAAUUUUGACUUUUAACCUCCUUGGCAUCCCGUUGGUGGGAGCUGACAUUUGUGGCUUCAGCGAACAGCCGCAGGAGGAGCUGUGUAUUCGCUGGACGCAGUUGGGCGCAUUUUACCCCUUUACUCGCAACCACAACGCCAUUGACAUGAAGCCACAAGACCCAACUGCGUUCAGCCCGCUAGCCAGCACCGCCAUGAAGAAAGCUCUGCUGCUGCGUUAUUCCCUCUUUCCGCUCCUCUACACGCUCUUCCAUCACGCACACGCAAAGGGGCACACUGUAGCUCGACCACUCAUAUUCGAAUUUCCAAAGGACACAAAAACGUACAAGAUUGAUAAGCAGUUCCUCUGGGGGCGGAGUCUCCUGGUGACUCCCGUGUUAGAACCUGCAGUCGACUUUGUGGAAGGCUACUUCCCAGAAGGACUGUGGUAUGACUACUACACGGGCGACGCGAUAAACAGCACGGGUGAAGACAUUCGACUCUCUGCUCCUCUUGAUAAGAUAAACCUGCAUUUGAGAGAAGGCUCCAUUAUCCCGACGCAGACUCCCAAUCUGACCUUAUGGGUUAGUAGCGGGCAGCCACUUCACAUGGUUUCCGCGCUUUCUGAGAACGGUACAGCCUGUGGCGAUUUGUUCUGGGACGACGGAGAGAGCCUGGACACUUACGAGAACAACCAGUAUGCUUACAUCGUCUUCAGCGUGGCUCAGCAAACGAUGACCUCUCAGGUGCUUCACAACCACUUGGAGGCCACCUACAUCACUGUGCAGUCGGCGUCCUUCUACGGUGUGAAGGAGAAGCCCAGCAAGGUGCAGGUUAACUCCAAAGAUGUGACAUUUGCCUACAGGAGCAACAAGGUUUUAACGGUAGAAAAUCUCGGCCUUAAACUCAGCCAGAACUUCACCAUCAGUUGGAACUGA